UUUUUUCUAUUUUCAGUCGAAUCAUCUCUCUCUCUCUCUCUCUCUCUUUGCCCUCUUGCUCAAAUUUUGCUGUGUCUAAGUGUCUAACGGUAAUAAUAAAAAUAAAGAAGCGAACUUUCUACAGUCUUCUUCCUCCUAUAGCUCAAAAUCUCCAAUCUUCACAGCUACUAAAAGACGGCAAAACUCGUAAUGGAACCGGUAAAGUCGCAACCUUUCCGGAGAGACACUCCGGCGCCGGUACAAACUGCAGAUCAAUCUCGAGAAAGGGUUUCUGCUUAUGAUCUUAUUUAUGGUAGUGGAUGUUGAUUUAGAGGGUUUAGAUCAAGAAAAGGAGGAAGCUUUAUCACUAGCCGUUGAAGUAGAGUUGAAGGAUGUAUCUGUAAAGGAACAGAUUCUGGAGCUGGAGAAGAAGGAAGAACGAGUGAAUCUGGUUGAAGAAGAUACAGCGAGGAAGACUGAGUCUUCAAUCAUUGAGGCAAUGACAGCAUUGGAGGAGAAAGAAAAUGAAUCUGAUCUGCAACAGCUUCUGGAAGCAGCAGAUGUGUUGGGGUUGGUUCUGAAGAACGAUGAAAUGGUGGUUUCUCAACUUAACGCACAAGAGAAAUUGCCUUGUUUGCUUCAGGGUUCGAGGAAGAUUGACUUGACUGAGGAGAAACAAGUUUCUGCUUAUGACCUCAUGGUAGUGGAGGGUGAGUUAGAUCAAGAAAAGGAGGAGAUGCAUAAUAAUAUCUUAGAUAAGAUUCAGGAGAAAGCUUCAUCACUAGCCGUUGAAGUAGAGUUGAAGGAGGUAUCUGUAAAGGAACAGAUUCUGGAGCUGGAGAAGAAGGAAGAGCGAGUGAUUCUGGUUGAAGAAGAUAUAGCGAGGAAGACUGAGGCUUCCAUCAUUGAGCCAACGAGUGCAUUGGAGGAGGAAGAAAAUGAAUGUGAUAUGAAACAGCUUCUGGAAGCAGAUGUGGUGGGGUUGGUCCUGAAGAACGAUGAAAUGGUGGUUUCUCAACUUAACGCACAAGAGAAACUGACUUGUUUGCUUCAGGGUUCGAGGAAGGUUGACUUGACUGAGGAGAAACAAGUUUCCGCUUCUUCCCCUGUACAAGUAAGUGAUGGACAUGAAGGAGAUAUAGUCUCCAUAGAUGACAGUGAUGAGGAUACAGAACUACUGAAUUGUGUUGAGUCUGAGUUUAAUGAUUUCACCAAGACGAUGAGCUCUUUUUUGGUUGGUCAAGUUUGGGCUCUGUAUGAUGGUAUAGAUUCUAUGCCUAGGUGGUAUGCUCGGAUCAAGAAAGUUACCAAGUCUCAGCCGAGUCUUCGAGUCACAUGGCUUGAAUAUAAAGAUGACGAAUCUGUUCCUGUUUCUUGUGGAAGGUUCAAAUGGGGGAGUACAGAUACCAUAAGCCACUUGACCUUCUCUCAUGAGAUGCAUCCCAUCAUACGUGACAAUCACUUCAUCGCUGUGAAUCCGAGAGAAGGCGAAACGUGGGCUCUUUUCAGAGACUGGAGCAAAAGCUGGAGCAAUAACCCGAAACAGCACAAGCCUCCUUAUAAGUACGACUUUGUUGAAGUUCUGCACAGCUUUGAUGAUCGUCUAGGCGUUGGAGUGGCCUAUUUAGGGAAGGUUGAAGGAGUUGUAUCGGUCUUUAAACAAGCUGCUGAGCAGCACGGACUCAUCUCAGUCAUGAUCAAUCCAGAGGAGAUGCAUAGAUUCUCUCACAGAGUGCCAUCAUUUAGAAUGAAUGGAGAAGAAAAAGAGGGAGUUCCAGCUGGUUCUUUCGAACUAGACCCUGCUGCUAUCUGCAGUUCUAUACUCAGUCGUGAUCAAUCAGAAGAAACAGAACAACAAAGCGAGGUCUUCGAAGAUCAAUAUGGAACAAGAAUGGAUAUCCCCAUUGUCUUAGAUUGAAGUUGGCAUGUAUUUGUGAGCCUUCCAGCCAAGUAAUGGUAACUCAUCUGUGUGUUUGUUUUGCUUCCGAUUUCUAGGAUACGAG